AUGUUUCUUCAUCAGAACCGAACUGAAGGCUACAGUCCCGUCGAUAUUGCAGAGUUCACACAAAUAGUUGCCCUUCCCGUCAUCGAGAAGCAGAAGCUCAAGCAUCUCUUUAUCAAUCUGGUGCCAUGGAUUUGUCGUGGAAAUUCCUUUGGAAUGGUGCAGUUCCUUCAUAAUAACAGAACAGAGGGCUUUCAUGGCAACAUGAUGCUUUUGGCCAGGGAUGCCAGACAGAUUGACAUCGAGCUGUACCUGCAGAAGUUUAAUCUUGAGCUUGAGCGUCCUCACCUCUACCGUCCUCUGCAUCAUGGCCACAAGCAUUUGGAGCACUAUCUCUUGACCGGACAUGGCAUGGACCAAUUCAAUUCACUGUCUCCAAGCGAUCUGGUAAAGGUCAAGAAUUCUCUUGUUCUUGUUCUUGUUCGAGACUUGGACCUAUCUCGUGUCGAUACCAUUCACAACAUCAUACAAUUGCACCAUCAGCUCUAUGGACAGAACGAGGUGAUCAGACUUUUUACACUCUUCAAAAGGGUGCCAACCCUAGAGGUGAUGAUUUGUCUUCGCCUUUUCACAAAUGAUGAUCGUCUUUAUACCCCUUGGAGUGUUGUGGAGGAUGGCAGGCUCGAUGCAAUGUUGUUUGUCCAUUUCAAUGAUGAGAGGGAUGUAAUCAAACCCAGUUACCUGGAAUAUGCUGCCCGAUAUGGACAUCUCAACAUAAUUCAAUUCUAUAUCAAACACCGGAAGGAUAUGUGCUACCUUCGGCCGGCGUUGCCAAGUACUUGGCUUGGUACCUAUCAACCACUGGCCAAAGUAUUCUUGGAGGAAUCCAUAAUCAAAAUGAGAAAGGACAAGAUGAAGAAGAAAAAGGAUAAGAAGAAGGAGAGGAAGAAGGAUAAGAUGAAGGAGAACAGAAAUGAAUAG